AUGAAUAAGAUAGACUUUCUUAAUGAUGUCAACUGGAGAGACCAAUUCACCCUCAUAUUAGACCUAGACGACCAAAAGGACCUUACUAUUAGUUUAGGAGCCAGGACCGCGAAAGGCAAAGAUCUCCCAACUUGUGAUUGCCUAACUAUUGACACUAGCACUAACCUUUUAAACCAAGGCCAACCGUCUAGCUGCCCCCCAAAGAUUUAUGUUACAGGCCUUGCUGAAUACCUUGGGCCCAAUUCUUAUGAUAAGAGUGGCAAGCUCUUAGGCACUUUAUUACAGGUGUCCCCUGACAUUUCAACAUCUCCAUGA